GUACUCUUUGCAUUCCCAAACUCGCAAUCUGUCGUAUUCCUUCUCACCUCAUAUUAUCACCAACCUGUCAAGUAUCAGAAUCUGUGACAAGUCGAGACUGACAAUGGUGAUACACGACUACCCCGCUCGGAUGCCACGGCAAUUGACCAGCAAUUGACCAUCUUAUAAGCUGCCACAGAAUCCCCAGAGCUGCUGUUCAACAUACCAUCUCCUGCUCAACAUCUUGCAAUCAUGAAAUUUGCUCUGCUUCUCACCGCUCUCUCUCUCUCGGGCUCGGGCCUCGCUGCUGUGUCGGGAACUCUCCAGCUCGACUUCUGGCGCGACCGCUCUUCUUCUCAAAGAAACCCGACUCUCGAUCGUCUGCGCGAGAAGAAACUUCUCAAGCGCGCCGUGAACAACACCGUCAGCCAGGAUCUUGAUAACGAGUACUAUCUCUACUACACCAACGUCACCGUCGGUACGCCCGGUCAAGACUUGCGCUUGCAGAUCGAUACCGGAUCCUCGGACGUCUGGUUCCAGUCUGCGGAGAACAAGAUCUGUCAGGAGAGCUCUGAUCCUUGUGCAGAGUCUGGAAUCUAUGAUCCAGACUCCUCGUCGACCUACAGCUUGCUCUCGACUGAUUUCUCAAUCAGAUAUGGUGACUACUCCUACGCCAAGGGAAACUAUGCGUCGGAGUCCUUUACCAUCGGCGGAAAGACAGUCGCAAAUCUUACGGUUGGAAUUGCCACUGACGCGAAUGCUACGCAAGGUAUCAUGGGCAUCGGUUAUGAUACUAACGAAGCUGUGAUUUUCACAGCUGGAGCUUCGCGCCGCUAUCAGAACCUUCCUGAUCUUCUUGUGUCCCAGGGGUUUAUCGAGUCCCGCGUGUACUCCCUCUGGCUUAACGAUCAGAAUGCCAAGACUGGAAGCGUUUUGUUUGGAGGGAUAGAUACGGAGAAAUACUCUGGUAGUUUGGUGACUCUACCCUUUAUCGCGGAUGAGGGUGAAUCCACGCCGUCUGAGUUUUUCGUCACUCUCGAGGGCUCUGCGUAUACCGACGCUAGUGGCUCGACGACUGAAUACAGCUCCAGCCUGGGACUCUCUGUUCUUCUUGACUCUGGCACGUCUUUUGUCUAUCUCCCCAGCUCGGUGCAGGCUGACUUUGCCAACGCCGUCGGCGCAACUUGGAACGACCAGGUUGGCUACUACAUCAUUCCUUGCCCGGAGGUGGUCAACUCUGAUGCUACCUACGACUUUGAGUUUGCCGGUAUCACGAUCAAGGUUCCCGUCAAGCAGUUGUUUUUGCCCGGCACCAACGCCAAGAAUGAGCCAGUGACAUACACCAAUGGCCAGCAAGUGUGUCUCUUGACGAUCGUCGACAGCUCCGGUCUCGGAGUAUCUAUCCUCGGCGACACCUUCCUUCGCGCAGCCUACAUCGUCUACGAUCUCGACAACAACCAAGCCAGCAUCGCGCAGACAAAGUACAACGCCACUGCGUCUAACGUCGUUGCCGUUGGCUCUGGAACUGAUAGUGUUGCCAACGCGGCCGCAAGCGCCGGCUCUGCUGCCGUACUUUCCGACUCUGAUGUGGCCAAGAAACUUCAUUUUGGCUACAGCAUCGAUAAGAGACGACCUAGACGAUCAAUCUCGGUGGCUUAGGUCUGCGUCUAUGAUGUGUAAUGAAUCUGCAGGGUUCUACGAUCGUGAAUGAGUUGGCUGUCGUGUUUUUUCUUAGUCGAGAGAUUUGAAAUCGGGAUUUUAAGUGAUUAUUUGUGUUGAUUUGUGUUGAGCAGAAGGCAGGCUGCUUUCCAGAGCAGAGCCUUAAGAAACAUAUGGUGAUAAAAUCUGGAAUAUGUAGUGACAACUUCAAUACUAGUGGCUUUUUUGAGAGAUCUUUAGAUAGUAGGGCUACGGGCAGUAAUUAAUCUAUCCCCUCGGCGAUCC